UCCGCGCGUGCAGUGCAGUGCACUGAGAUUGUUUUGAUUUGUUUUCACCAUCAAGUGAACCGAUGAUGACCGAUUCCCUUUUUUUUUUCGUCUGCUUCUGACGGAAAUCAAGCAACGCACACACGCAUCGACGACGUCAUCGAGUUCCUCAAUCAACCCCAGCUGGACCAUUGGCGAAUUCUUCCACAAUAGAUAUUAAAGCAAACGAGUGCUGGCCUAAAACGCACACUAAUGUCGGAAGACGCAAGUGGUUCAAAAAUGGACGAGAAAGCCGUGGAAGCAAUGACUGAGUGCUAUGAUAAUUACGUUCUAGUGGAUGUAGGAGCAAAUCUAACAAACAAAAAGUACAGUCGAGAUUUGGACAGUGUCAUACAGAGAGCCAAAGACUCAGGGGUUCAGAAAAUAAUGGUCACAGGAGCGAGCAUACGAUCGAGUAAGGAGGCUUUACGUUUGACAAGAAUUUACCCCGGUACCUUGUAUUCCACGGCUGGAGUUCAUCCCCACGAUGCCAAAUCUUGGGAAGAUCCAGAGACACUAGAAGAAUUACAAAGUAUAGCCAAUAAUCCUGAAUGCGUUGCCAUUGGAGAGUGUGGGUUAGAUUAUAACAGAGACUUUUCAGAACCCGAAGUUCAAAAGUCCGUUUUUCAGAAGCAAGUAGAGCUUGCUUGUCGCAUAAGCAAACCAUUGAUCAUUCACGAGCGAGGAGCUCAAGCCGAUGUGCUGGAAGUUCUGGAUCGCUAUACAGAUCGACUACCUCCGGUACUCAUUCACUCGUUCAUUGGCACAGCCGAAGAGGCACAAGUAUACCUCGACCACGGUUUUUAUCUCGGCAUAACGGGCUACUUGUGUAAGGACAAAUCGGACAGUGGCGUGCGACAGUUACUGGAGGGCGGCCAAGUGACGCUCGACCGAAUUCUCGUAGAGACGGAUGCGCCCUUUAUGUACCCAAAUACACGGGCCAGCAAGUUACCAACCCACAUAAAAGACGCCUUGACGGAACGGUCUAUGACGUUCUUGCAACGCUACUGCACGUUCCAGCGCAACGAGCCUUGUGCCCUGCCUGCCAUCGUAGAGAUGGUCGCAGCUUUCAUGCGCAAAAAGCCCGAAGAAGUCGCGCUUGCAACCGCAUUCACGGCUCUUAAACUCUUCGGCCUGGAUCAAUGAUAAUUAUUUUAUUUUUUUUAUUAUUUUACUUUAUUUUACUUUAUUUUCUAUUAUCAACACAAACAUCGCAGCGAUUGUAAUAAUGUGCAAUUGGUGCUAGCUUAUACUCUGGGUGUUGCCAGAAAUUUGGGAGACCCGCCGUCGAUAUUGCUUUCAUUACGCUUGUAAACGCAAUUUUAUUUCCAUAAUUUAAGGAUUAUGUAGACAUUGUACGAUUGAUUUUUAUAUUCAACGAAAUAUUUUUUUAAGAUGGAUGCGAUACACGCCAGACUAUGACAAAAAUACGUGCCCUGCAAAGGUCGACAAAUUUUUAUCACUUGUUCGGUUAAUGUUUAAAGUUAUCAGUUGAUUGUGUUAAAGUUCAUGCAGUUGUCUGUAAAUUAAAAAAAAUUUUUUAACGAAACGACUAAAAUAGGGACUUGUACAAAUGUGCAAGACAUUUUUAAUACUGUGAAACAGUUGUGUGAUGAAAACGUAUAUAUUUUAUUGUUGAU